AUGUACCCCUCGUACUUCCCUGUCGAUGGUACCACAGAAAUUGGUGUUGCAGAAAUGAAGAUUGGGCCAAAGCAGGCGCUCCUCUUCUCGUUUUCAGGGAAACCUCGUGUCAAGCCAACAGGCUUCUGGAGCUUGAGUUUGUACGGUCACGAUCAACUUUUUGUCGAGAACACGCUUGAUCAAUAUGCAUUGGGAGAUCGUAGCGACCUGCGAUACGCCGAUGGAACGCCAUUGAAGGAAAGAGACGACGGAAAUUUUAAUAUCCUGGCCCAGCCGGCGGACAUAUCGCCUCCAAGCAGCUGGAACAAUAAUUGGCUCCCAGCACCAGCAGGGGGAGGUUGUAUCUCCUUCACACUGCGCUUAUUCGCUCCAGCGGACGAGAUGUUGAAUGGCUCUUACGAAUAUCCGAAGGUGACUACGAUUGAUGCAAUCACAUCAUGA